AUGACACCUAAGGAAUACAAAGACGUCUUGCAUUAUCAGCCAAAUUUAGAAAGAGUCCAAGGAGGUAUUGAGCAUAUGAUACAAAAACUACAGCAGAGAAUCAAGGAGAGAGAUGCUGCCUUGGAGAAAGCAGUGGACGAUAAAUUCUGUGCUCUAGAAGAGAAAGAAAAGGAUAUUCAGCGGUUAAGGAUGAUUAUCCGGGAGAGAGAACACGAUUUAGAGAGGCUGAGUAAUGUUCUUUCCGGCAAUGAGGAGACGAUAAACAGUUUGGACAGCCUGGUGAAGGCCAAAGACAUGGAACUGGACCAGAUAUCUGCUGCUUACAAAAAUCUUCAGUGGUUAAAAGAAGAAACAGAGGAAAAGUACAGAUGCUCACUGAUAGAGAGAGAAUCCAUUAUACUACAGCUGCAGAAAAAUCUUCAAGAAAGGAACAAAGAAAUGGAGGAGAUCAGGACUAAUUUUCUUGGGAAGUUUGACAUCUGCAGUGGACAUAUGAUCGAAGAGCUUAAAAUGUCUCUUCAGCGGAAAGAGAAGAUGUUGCAAGAUGCUGUCUUUGCAAGAAACCAACAGGCUGAAGAGCACAUGAAAGAGGUCAUGGAUCUCCUAGCAAUGGUCUCAUCAGAAAAGAUGGAUCAAACGUCAAGCUGCCAAAACUGCUUACUGAAAGAACAUAAUACAGGUGUCAAUCAGUAUGUUGGAAAUUUGUCUAACUUCAUUCAUCUCCAAAAACUUGUGCAAGAAAAAGAGAAAAUAAUUCAGACAUUGACCCAAAGUUGCUCAGUUCAGCCAAUGGUUAUCAGCAUGAAAUCUGAAGAUUUGGACGCUAAAGGUGAAGAAACUGAAAAAAAUAAAACUUUGAAAAGUGAUCUUGCUAAAGCCAAAGAAGAUCUGAGACUUGUUUUGAGGAAAAUGAGGGAAUAUCAGCUUGAAGUUUCUGUUCUGCAGUCUAUUAUUAUGAAACAGAAUGAGCAGUUGCGUGAACAAGCUACAGACAUCGAUACUCUCACUAGAAAAAAUCUGAUGAAAGAAGAAUUAAUUAAGGACCUGCAAGUCAAGCUGGCGGACCCAGAAGAGAUACCAACUGUGGAACUUUUAACCCAGCAGAUUUUCACUUUAAAGGAGAAUAUGGCAACACUGAAUUUGGCAAGCCAUGGUCAUUUAACACAUACUCAGAAGGUUCUAGCCUGUUUCCAGGUUCCAGUCAGUCCUGUCCAGUCCGUGUUAUGGUGUUCUGUAUUCGGGUCAAGCAUGUCUCGAGCCUCCGAUAUAGAUGACAGCCUUUCUGUCCCUGAAACGUUUGUUUCGGGCCAAGCCGGUCCUUCGUCCCUAAGGAAUUGGACCAUUCCAAAAUUACUUGCGGAACUUAACAAGAGGGGCAUUCCGCACCCAGCCUCCGCCAGAAAGGCAGAACUUUCUAAACUGCUCAUGACCGGCCCUAACCCUUCCAGGGAUCAGCCGGGCACGUCAUCCAUCCAGCUCUCGCUGGUUCGGCUACAGUCCACCAUGAACACACUGGUAGACUCGGUGGCUGACGUCCAAGCUAGAGUAACGGAACUGAAAUCAUGGGCCUCCUUGGCGCCCCCUGCACUCGGCCCACUGGCCACCGCCUCCACUUCCAUUUGCCUGACGCCAGGUACACCCAGCUCUAUUCCCCAAGUGGCCCCCUCACAUUUUAUCCCAGAAAAUCUCAAACGAGACAUCCUGGCAGGGAAGGAUGUAAAUCUUGCGUCAGUUCUCAUUGCCGCCCAAGAUGGACCCGAAAACAGGGUGAUCAAUUGUGGAGAUGUGUCCGUGGUCCUUAGGGCCAAGUUAUCCAUUCCCGAGUUUGUCCUUGCGUUCAGCCUUUUUAGGGACAUUGUCUGCACCGCACAACCGGAGAGAAGGGAAGAGCUGGAUACCUAUUUGUACCUGGUCACCGACCUGGGGCACAAGUAUGGGGGUUCAGCCUUCUACGAUUACCAUUGA